AUGCCUAAUAUAUCUACACUAGGAACAAAUCAAAUGCCAAAUGUAUUAAGUGAACACCAAGAACAAAUUCAAUCUUCAAUAUUAGUGGACAACCAAGAAUCCAAUGCCCAAUAUAUUAUGGAUGACCAAGAAUUCAAUACCAAAGUAUUAGUAGGCACCAGGAAUAAAUUAAACGCCAAACAUAUUAAAGCACCAAGAACAAGUCCAACAUCCAAUAUAUUAGCAG